AUGAAGGCAGGUGAAUUUGCGGACAGAGGUAAAUAUGAGGACAUAUCAAAGGUCAUCAUUUUCGCAUCGCACAACAUAUUAUCCCCUGAGAUUACACCCCAGGGUUAUGCACUCUUGAAACUCAUGCAAAGUUACCUUGAAUUGGAUAUGUUCAUGUCUCUUAAACUGCAUACAGAGACGACAAUUGCUCGAGGUAGGGAGGAAUUGUUGAUCUUCAACAACCUACUUCAGGAGUAUAAACCGUUCAAUGUACUCAAAAACUGGAAUGUUCCCAAGGGGCACACUCACCAGCAUGCGUUCAAUGACAUUGAGAACAAGGGAGUCACCCAGAACUAUAAUACAAAGCUCGGCAAGAAGAAAAAUGCGCCACUGAAGAUACUCAAGGUCAAUGAGGCUGACCUGAUCGCAAACAUGAUCCGAGAUGCCCUUGAUCACCUUGAUGACUUCACAGAGACACAACGGAAUCUCAACGAGCCAUCAGAUGACCAUGAAAAGAGCUCAAACAAUCUAUUGCAUGUUUCUCUUGGCUCAGCUCUCCAACCAUGUUCCCUCAGAGAAAUUGAAGCCAAGCAUGUGGACACCUCUGGCUUCGAGCAACUACACAUCAAGAUUGGGCAGCGCCUGACUCGCAUUCUUGAGAAGAACAUUAGGAUUUCUAAGGAGGAAAGGAUACAAGUGUAUCAGAUGAUGCGAGUACGAUAUGAAACGAAGACCAACUGGGAACAGCAGGUCGAUAUUCUUCAGGCUGACAAAGACUGGCACAUCUUUACCCAGCUUCUUCUUAUCUUCGGAAUUGUUGUGGAUGGUACAGAACACCAUCUUGCCCUCAUCCUCCCAUACGAUGAGCCCGUCACCCAUCGAUCUGCAGCCCUUCGCUCAAGAGACAAAGACCUUCGCUUUACGUGCGUACGGUCACGGCAUGGGACAAACUCGGCAGUCAUCUCUGUCAAUUCUGUUGUACGUGGUGCACUUUUCAUACAGGAUUAUGGGGGUUUCCCAGAUGAUUACCUUGUUUUUGAGGUUGUUGACGAUGAUAUGUGGUGGAGAAUGAAGUCCUUGACAUUGAUCACAAAGGCUCAGUUAUAG